GAGGAGGCAGCGGCCGCCGGCCGGAGACCCUGCCCAGGGGGCCGGCUGGAACAAUGCUAGCCUGCCUGACCCGGGGGAGCUUACUGGACGUCCUGCAGGAGGGCUUCAACGAGCAACAGCUGCAGGCGUACGUGGCCUGGGUGAACGCGCAACUGAAGAAGAGGCCAGCGGUGAAGCCAGUGCAGGACCUGCGACAAGAUCUCCGGGAUGGGGUGAUCCUGGCGUAUCUCAUUGAGAUUGUCGCAGGAGAAAAGCUGAGUGGGGUACAGCUGAGUCCCAGUAACCAACAAGAGAUGAAGAAUAAUGUGGAAAAAGUGUUACAGUUUGUAGCCUCCAAAAAGAUUCGUAUGCACCAGACUUCAGCUAAAGAUAUCGUGGAAGGUAACCUGAAGUCUAUCAUGAGGCUGGUCCUGGCCUUGGCAGCUCAUUUCAAACCUGGCUCCAGCAGGACAGUGAGCCAAGGACGGGAUGCCAGAGCCCCCCUGCAGACUCACCAGCCUCACUGUGCCACUGCUGUGGCCCAGGGCGCCGCCGCUGCUCUGGCCGAUGUGUGUCAUGACAUGUCGCGGUCUGGGCGGGAUGUCUUUCGAUACCGACAGAGGAACAGCAGCAUGGAUGAGGAUAUUGAGAAUCCAUGCUGGAGCGUGCGAGCCCUGGUGCAGCAGUAUGAAGGACAGCAAAGGUCCUCGUCUGAGUCCAGCUGCUCCAGCCUGACUUCCCCCAGUCCUAUCCACAGUGCAAAGAGUGAAUCCGUUAUAACCCAGUCGGAGGAGAGGGCAGAUUUCGUGAUUAUUCCCUCCGAAGGAGUAGAGAACAGAACAGAGGAGACAGACUCUCCAUUACCCCGGGACUGGAGACCAGGCAGCCCCCGGACCUACCUGGAGACUUCAUGGGAAGAGCAGCUGUUGGAACAACAAGAACAUUUGGAAAAAGAAAUGGAGGAAGCCAAGAAAAUGAUAUCAGGAUUACAGGCCUUACUGCUCAACGGAUCCUUACCUGAAGAUGAACAGGAGAGGCCCUUGGCCCUCUGUGAACCAGGAGUCAAUCCCGAGGAACAGUUGAUUAUAAUCCAAAGUCGUCUGGAUCAGAGUAUAGAGGAGAAUCAAGACCUAAAGAAGGAGCUGCUGAAAUAUAAACAAGAAGCCAGAAACUUACAGGGGAUAAAGGAUGCCCUGCAGCAGAGGCUGACUCAGCAGGACACAUCUGUCCUUCAGCUCAAACAGGAACUACUGAGGGCAAAUAUGGACAAAGAUGAGCUGCACAACCAGAACGUGGAUCUGCAGAGGAAGCUAGAGGAGAGGAAUCGGCUCUUGGGAGAAUAUAAGAAGGAGCUGGGGCAGAAAGAUCGCCUCCUGCUGCAGAACCAGGCCAAGUUGGAAGAAGCACUUCGGCAACUGUCUGAGGCCAGUUACCAGCAGGUGGACCUGGAGCGAGAGCUGGAACACAAAGAUGUCCUUUUGGCUCACUGUAUGAAAAGAGAGGCAGACGAGGUGACCAGCUACAACAAUCACAGCUCUCAAAGCAAUGGUUUUCUCCUUCCAGCGGCAGGAAAAGGAGCUGCUUCAGUCGUUCACAGAGGGAGCAGCGACCUGCAGCUUGUGCGAGACGCCCUCCGCAGCCUGCGCAACAGCUUCAGUGGCCACGACCCUCAGCACCACACCAUCGACAGCUUGGAGCAGGGCAUCUCCAGCCUCAUGGAGCGCCUGCAUGCCGUGGAGACCCAGAGGAAGCAAGAAAGAAGGGUUCGGGGCAAGUCACCCAGAACUCAAGCAGGUAGUGAAUACCGGGAGUCCUGGCCCCCUAAUUCAAAGUUGCCUCACUCACAGAGUUCUCCAACUGUCAGCAGCGCCUGCACGAAGGUGCUCUAUUUCACUGACCGGUCACUCACACCCUUCAUGGUUAAUAUACCAAAGAGGCUGGGGGAGGUGACACUGAAGGAUUUUAAAGCGGCUAUUGACCGGGAAGGAAAUCAUCGGUAUCACUUCAAAGCACUGGAUCCUGAGUUUGGCACUGUCAAGGAAGAGGUUUUCCAUGAUGAUGAUGCCAUUCCUGGAUGGGAAGGGAAAAUUGUGGCCUGGGUAGAAGAAGACCAUGGAGAAAAUUAAUGCUGAGUAUUAGAUUGGGGACUUGCAGAAGUUGGCACACCCUGGCUGCUUCACUCAGGAAAGAGGACUAAAACCAGAAUACACAGGAAGUUUGUGCUGCCAAAACAGAAGCUUCUCCAAGUGUGACAGCCAUGGGCCAGUCCUGUUUGUGUGCCUGGCAUGUGUGGCAGCUAAAAUCUCUGUCCAAAAGUAGACCAUGGGUUCUUCUGGAGUUCCUUGUCCGUGGGAACACACUGUUUUACUCUACUCUGCGGACAAAAAACCGAAGGCCUUAACCAACGGGGAUGGAUGAUCCCGCUCCUAUAUGGGCAUGGCUGCUAUUAUCUGGAACCCAGGAACUGGAUGCAUCACUCCUAUGUGUUACAGUAUUAUUUUCAUUUUAAUUGGCCUCAGUGGUUGCAGCAAUCAGGGUCCCAGCAUUUGUACUCACAGACAAGGUGGAGGUACCAGCUUUUUUGCUUCUUUGCAGCUAUUGCAAACCAAGAAUAACUCAAAAGGUGGUACCAAAGAUGAAAGCCCACUCUUCAGGAAUUUUUUUGGACUGGACGUGGAUGGUGCUGAAUUGUUAAUUGGAUUGAAAAAGGGCUGCCCAUAUUGUGCUGUACUAUGCUAAAACCAUAAUUAAGACCUUGGGCUGCCUCUUGCGUCUUAACUGAUUCUGCAACUUGUCCUUUACCCACAGAAGGCAUAUUUCAUGUACUGCUUGUUUUUCUCUGUGGACUCUCUAACUUUAGAGCCAUUCCCCUCCCCCCCCCCCGCCCCCCCCCACCUUCUAACUGAUGAACUUUGUAUUUGAAAGGAAUAAGGAGUGAAAAUCUCCUUUCAAAUCCAGGCGGGUAUGGAAAGGUGCUGCUACCCAUAUCUUCUUGACUUUCUUUCUCUCAUGACUUUUCUUUAGCCCAUGGCAUCUCCUUUGCAGUUGAAAGGAAACAAACCAUUACUUUCAGUGUUUGUGAUUUAUAAGUACUGAGCAUGAAUUAUUGGUCUGCCCCUCUUCGAUGUCAAGGCCAGAGUUAUUUUCUAUAAUAUAUUUAGUCUAGGCUGAUCCUUUAGGGCACAAUAGAAACCAUGGGGGCAUGAGAUGUG